AUGUCUUACAACUAUCUAUCGCGCAAGAUUUUCCAGGGCAGCCUGGUCCUCAAAACCCAGGGAAUAUGCCAUUUUUCUCGCCGCAGAUCGCCAAUAACCUUUGGAGAGCAAGUGGAUCAAUGGACGAGAGAAGGUAGCAAAGAUGCUGCUAUCGACAAUAUCGAAGACUCAGUAGAACAGAUAUUAUCAAACAUUCCAAAACACUUCGAGGAAUACGAGGUAACCCUUCGCGGUCUGCUUUUCGAUCAUCUCAUCGCUGCGGAAAUGGUCAUUGAUGACCUCGGCCGCGCGGGCAAUGGCAUGAUGAAUGCUCUUUCAACCAUACUCAUGACAGCAAAGGACGGCUUGGAGGCAGACGAGCCAGGCAACCGCCCAUGGCCCACCCACCUGACCGAUAUCAAGCCGAUCAUGUUGGCUGUAGUCAAUGUGCUUAUCACCAGGACCAUCGAGGCGCGCGAUUGGAUGUGGGCAAAUACGCAAAACUCGGUAUGCUUCUCGAGGAUGCAGAAGUGCCUCGAGGAUGCCUUCAUCAUGGACACCUGGGCGUCGACCCACGCAGCACCGCUGGUGGCCCAGGUGACGACAGCAUUCGAAGAGCUCUACAUCGAGCUGUCGGACUCACUUUGGAACGAAGAACUCGACAGCCGCGCGUUGGCCAACUUUGCCGACUGCAUCUGCGGUGGCUCUCUCCAGAGACACACGGACGUCUUAAAGAGCGGCGAGGAAGCCUCGAGAACGGCUGCUUUCAAGGUAAGGCGCAAGCAGCUUGGCGGCCGGAAGAUAUGGCCGCAGCCUGAGUUGUUACAAGCUGAUCGACGUAGAGGGAGGGUGCGGCUGGCCGGGUCGCCACUUGCGAAACACGUCGAGUUGUGUGAAUAUGAGGACGUCGAUGAAUCAAAGUCUCAAGAGGAUAUUCCAAGGAUACAGGAGAAGGAAGCUAGCCGUACUUUAGUCGCCAGGAGAUUCAGCGGGGACACCAUCGCGUAUCAGUCCCAGCGUCAGAGAUGGUUGAUGGCCAAUUAA